CUUCAUUGCGGGUUACUAGUUACUACUGUCAGUUGCCACUUGCCUCUGUCAUUUACAUAGGUUAAAAAUUUUAAAGCAAGUUUUCGUCUUCGUGGGAUUAAUUGUUAAUAAAAUUUAAUUAAGUUUUUACUAGUUUAUCAAAGUUUAUUAUCAAAAUGUCUGGCCGAGAAGGUGGUAAGAAGAAGCCUCUGAAGGCACCAAAAAAAUCCUCAAAGGAGUUAGAUGACGAUGAUGUAGCUCUAAAACAAAAACUUAAGGAGCAACAAAAAGCUUUACAGGAUGCAAAAGCGAAAGCAACACAAAAAGGCCCGUUAACUCAAGGAGGUAUAAAGAAAUCUGGUAAAAAGUGACGAAUCGUCAAUAAUCUGUUAUAUAAAUAUUAUUUUAACUUUCUUUACUCUGUGGUACUAAAAUGUUAAACUUAAACUUGACAUGAUUGACAUUAGUCAAUGAUUUCUUGUAACUACGAAUUAAUGAGACCAAUACACUGCCAUAAGGCUUAAGUGUUAUUUCGCUACAUGCAUUUCAUUGCCAGAAAAUACAUUGUUAAAAAAUA